AUGAGUGAAGUAUCAUUGUUAUCUGACAUGGCCAGAUUAUCAACUGAAUUACAAGCCGACAUGCAAUCAAUUCGUCGUUCAUUAGCAAUGAGUACGGGUCAUUACUUGCCAGAAAAAUUUCAUUUUCGAUUAUGGUCUGAAUUAGCUGAAACAAAAACAGUUUUAACCGAUAUUUCAUCACUAUCCACAAUAUCUUCUACCGAUAUUCAAACUACAACAAGCUCAAAUUAUUUUCGUCUUUAUUAUAUUGACACAAUUUCUUAUAGUAAUGGAACAAGUUUAUACUUUAUUGAUUUAAAUGAAGAUCUUUUACGUCAAUCAUCCUUAUCGUCAUUAAUCGAUUAUUCAUCUCAAGCUACAACUCUCUUUUCAUCAUCAAAUGUUACACGUCAUCUACCGAUGAGUAAAGCAGAACAAUUGUUAAGAGAACGAAUGAGAUCCGUUUAUACACAUUCGAUAACCGCUUAUACAAUGGUUCAACAGAGAAUAUUAUAUCAGGCAAAAGGACGAUUUUAUUAUUAUGAUGAUCUAAAUGGAAAUAAAAGUACUGCAAUGAUAACGACACAAAAUGAAAAUGAGAUAGAUCUUGAGUCUUAUCCGAUUGAAAUUCAAUUUUUAACCAGUGAUUCACCAAUCGAUGUGACAAUGUGUCCACAUAAUUCGAAUAUGAUUGCAUUUAUUCGCAAUGAGAAUAUUUGGUGUAAAAAUCUCAUCAGUCAUCAAGAAUUACAAUGUACAUACGCUCGAUUGGGAACUGGGGAUUUUCUUCAUGACGUUCUAAGCGCUGGAAUACCAUCAUUCGUUAUUCAAGAAGAAUUUUCACGUUAUCGAGGCUAUUGGUGGCAACCAAAAUGUCAUACACAUGAACAAGUUUAUCGCAUAUUAUAUGAAGAAGUAAAUGAUGGAGGUGUCGAUUUAGUAUAUAUUUCCACAACUGAAGAAAACUCAGAAGAGAUUGAAACAUUUCGAUAUCCAAAAGCUGGUGGAAAAAAUUCAGAGAGUACAUUAAAAUUGUUAGAAAUACAUCUGAAUGAAAAUAAUGAAAUAAUUCAUAUUGUUCAACAACAUCUUAGUAUCGAAUUAAAAACAAUUGUGCCUUGGAUUGAAUAUUUGCCACGAGCUGGAUGGACACCAGACGGAAAUUUUGUUUGGAUACAAGCCAUGAAUCGAUCACAAACAAAAAAAUGUCUUAUAUUAAUUCCAUUGAGUAUGUUUAAUAGUGCAGAAAAACAAGUGGUUAAUAAUGACAAUCAACAACAAUUUUGUUAUAUAUUGUACGAAGAGACAAAUGAUAUACUUGUUAAAGUAAAUCUUGUUUAUGCGUCUGUAAUUGAACAUAUUCGAUUAAUUGAUGGUGAAUGGUGUGUAGAUAAUAAUGAAAUUUGGAUUGAUGAACACAAUAAAUUAGUUUAUUUUACCGGUUUCAAAGACACACCACUCGAAACACACCUUUAUGUAACGUCUUGGUUAUAUCCAACAAAACUAAACCGUCUGACUGUACCAGAUUAUUCCCAUUCCAUUACAUUAAAUAAGGAAGCAACCUUAUUUAUAUCUACGUAUAGUUCUCUAACAAAAGCUCCAGAAAUCAAUCUGUAUAUGAUAGAAAAUAUUCAAUCAAACGUCGAUCUUAUUACACUUAAUAAUGACAACGAUUCAUUUGAUGUUCUAGCUGUUUCUCGGGAAGAAAAUGACGAUUUGAUCUCAAGGUUUUUUCCAACUACUCAAUAUCGAUGGAGUGAACAAGAAUUAUUUGAAUUUCAAUAUGACGGUGUGAUGAUGUAUGGAAUCAUUAUGAAACCAAUAGGUUUUGAACCUAGACGAUAUUAUCCAACUAUUUUACAAAUUUAUGGUGGUCCGGAAGUAUCGAGUGUCCAAAAUUUAUGGUCAGGAUAUCGUGCUUCAAGAUCUCAUAUUUUGACUCAAAUGGGUUUUUGUGUUGUUAUGAUUGAUAAUCGUGGAGCAGCAAAUCGUGGAGUUAAUCUCGAGGCAGCUCAUUUAAAAUAUCGACUGGGUCAAGUUGAGUUAUUGGAUCAAGAGUUUGGUUUAAGAUACUGUGCAAAAAAAUAUGAUUGUAUCGAUUUAGAUCGAGUUGCCAUUUUGGGCUGGUCGUACGGAGGAUACUUAGCCCUAAUGGCUCUAGCAAAAAUGCCAGAUCUUUUCAAAAUUGCGAUUGCUGGCGCACCAGUAGUGUCUUGGAAAUUGUAUAACACUGGUUAUACGGAACGUUAUUUAGGUUUACCAAGUGAGAAUGAACAACAGUAUUUGGAGUCAAGUGUUUUAAAUUACGUGUCAUUAUUUCCUGCCGAGGAAAAUCGUUUAAUCAUUGUUCAUGGUUUAAAUGACGAAAAUGUUCAUUUUUCUCAUACGAAAGCAUUGAUUAACAAAUGUGUUCAAUAUUUAAAACCCUACAUUUUAAAAGUAUACCCAAAUGAACGUCACGGUUUCAGAAAUGUUGAUUCAAUGGAACAUUUUGAAGUUACACUUUUAUUACAUCUUUUAAAAAAUUUAAAAAUGACAAAUAUUAAAACAUCAGCUGCAGAUACGGACGUUCAUGUAUCAGUCGAGAAUAAUGAUUUGAUAAAGCAACGUAUUUAUUGUAGUGACGGCAUCGUUGAUGACGAUGAUGACAGUGAUGAUAGUGACUUAGAUCACACAGUUUCCCAACAUCCGUCAACAGAACCAUCAAUAGACACAAGUCAACUUCAAUGGUUACCAUAUAUUUGGUAUUAUACAAAAGUAUCAGCAAAGAAAUUUUGUGAUGUAGCUGGAGAAAAACUAGCAUGGUUCUUUGGAAUAACAAAACCAAAAUAUUAUUCUGAAUAUCAAGAAUAUCAACGAAUGGAUGAAGAAGAACGACAGGCGUGGAAAGAAACAUUUUCCGAUAUUACAUCGCACAAUGUUAUUUUAGAGAAAAUUGUAUGUAUAGUUGAGUAA